UGCUUGAGGCGGGGGAACCUCAGCCCUUGGGCUUGAACCGGCUGAGGUGAGACGUAAAACACGGAGCGGUUGGGGAUCGCAACUCCGUGGAGAGAGUGCUUUGGAUUUCUGUUAAGUUCCUUAUGUCUUCCCCUGAAAUUGCUUCCCUUUCAUGGGGGCAAAUGAAAGUACAAGGCUCUACUAAAACCUAUAAGGACUGCAAAGUGUGGCCAGGGGGAAGUCGGGCUUGGGAUUGGAGAGAAACUGGAACUGAGCAUUCUCCUGGUGUGCAGCCUGCAGAUGUGGAGGAAGUUGUCAAGAAGGGUGUGCAGACCCUUGUGAUUGGCCGAGGGAUGAGUGAGGCCUUGAAGGUGCCCCCAUCAACACUGGAGUACCUCGAGAAACAAGGCAUCGACGUGCGGGUCCUCCAGACAGAGCAGGCCGUGAAGGAGUAUAACGCCUUGGUUGCCCAAGGUGUCAGGGUGGGAGGGGUCUUCCAUUCCACCUGCUGAUGGAGCCUUAAGAAAAUAAAUUACUAAGCAAAAA